AUGAUGCACAUGUCGUUCUGGUGGGGCUCCGACGUAGGCGAUGUUUUCUUCUCCGGACUAACCGUGAAUGGCGCGGGACCGAUGGUGGCCCUGUGUCUCACGCUUACGGCGCUAUCCGUGGCGUACGAAGGACUUAAGAUCCACGGUGCAAAGGUGCGCGCGCGUACAGCUAGGGAGCGCGUUCGGUCGGCACCAUGCCCACCUAGCGAAAGCGCCACGCUACUAUCGCUAGAAGGUGGAAGCGUUAGCAAUGGACCAGCAAUGAACAUCAGUGCGGGAAGGAUUCGUAGAUUGCUUGCGGAAGCUAUCACCUUCCUGUUCCAUAGUAUGCUUGGUUAUGCGCUCAUGCUUACCGUGAUGGUCUACAACGGGUACCUAUUCGUUGCUGUCGUCGGAGGAAUGGGCAUCGGGUACUUCCUGUUCGGGCAUCUUUCGAUGAAAGUCAAUAUGGAAAACAUCCAGGCGCAUCAAACGAAAAUGAUCUGCACCACGCGUUGCCUAGAGCAGGAGUCCGUAAAUCCUUCCGCAUCGACUGGCAUUGACCAUCAUCCACGCAGGGUAUCCGUAGAAAUCGAGAGUGUUCGAAACACACGAUCUGCCACACAUGGCACCGGAUGCCACUAGAACACUAACUGGUGAAAAAUGGACACUGCGACCGGGCUCCACUAUCGCAACACUGAUAAGGCACAAAUGUAAAACUUUCCCGCCAAAUGCAUGCCACAAACCGCAUCAAAACUGUGAUCUUUUAUCGCUUUACCAUUCUUUGGUGCUGGAGACUCGAAAUUCCGGUUAAAAUGUAUCAUUUUUUCUUCUCGCUAUUAAGGUGCCAAGAUUACCAUUCAAAACCAUUGACAAUAUGUAAGGGAAUCGUGCUAUGUUGUUUCAUUUUAUUUUUAUCUUCGUGGAUUGGAUUACGUUGUGAUAUUUUUCAAUUUAGCGAAUGGUUUUUUUUUACAAAAAAAAAGAUGUUUAUAUCAUAAUGAGAUGUUGAAUGUUACUUUUGCAAUAAACUAAUAAUAUAUUAU